AUGCAGGAACAAGCGGAUUCAGCCAGUAUGGCUAAAGGAUUGCAGGAUCCUCAUGAUAAGCCGGAUGAAACAGUCGGGGACCUGGAAGUAUAUCAUGAAGUCCCCAGGGGAUAUCGUAUCCCUGGCCUCUUUACCCUCCCAGCCUAUCGAGCACCAAUCACUCAAUGCAUCAUCAUUGCAUUUGUCCACCUUCUAGUCGUUGGAAUGUUCAACGUUCUUUCUGCCCUGGGAGGAGGAGGUCAAGUUGAUCCAACCACGAGCAAUAAUGCCAAUACAAUUUUGUAUAGUCUAUUUUGCGCAUUUGCUUUGGUCUCUGGGUCCGUGUGCAACUUUCUGGGUCCAAAGAUCACUCUUGCGACGGGUGGCAUUGGUUAUUCGCUACUAUCGGCCUCCUAUUGGAGCUACAAUCACAACAACAACCAGUCUUUUGUGUAUUUCGGUGGUGCCAUGUGUGGCGUGGCUGCGGCUUUCCUCUGGACUGCCGAGGGAUCUAUGAUUAUGUCACUCCCAAUGGAAAAAGAUAAAGGCAAAUAUGUUGGAAUAUUCUAUGGACUUUCAUUCUUCGGCACGGUGAUUGGCGCCAUUAUUCCUACGGUCGAGAAUUGGGGGGUCACAACAGCGGGCAGUGUCAACGAUAGCACAUAUAUUGCUCUUUUUGUAUUGAUGCUGAUGGGUAGCGUGGUGGCAUGCUUCGUCUCCAACCCAUCUAAAGUGGUUCGCGAUGACGGAUCUCGAGUGGUCGUCCCUCGUCAGACAACCUUUGUCCAGGAACUAAAGAAUGUGGUCCUCGCAGUCAAACGCGAGCCUUGGAUUAUUUUGUUUUUCCCCUACAGUUUCGCGGGUCUGUGGUACAUUCCCUACCAGAGCAACGAUUUCAACUCCUAUUUCUUCAAUCUCCGCACUCGUGCCUUUGGCAGUCUUUGGUUCGAUUUUGGCCAAUUUUUCAUGGCUGUGACCGUUGGUCUACUUCUCGAUUUUAGCAAACUCGGCGGCCGACGCCAACGUGCUUUUAUUGGCUGGAGCUUUUUAUUUGUCUUGAUCAACGCCGUUUUUAUUGGUGGCGUGUUUCCCGCUCGCAUAUCCCAACGUGGGACGCCUCCUGAUCAUCUUCUCGAUGUCCAUGACUCCAAAGCCGGAGGAUACAUCGCACUUUAUACAUUCUAUGGCGCCGUAGAUGGUGCCUGGCAGACAUUUGCAUGGUGGAUCAUGGGAACUCUUUCCAAUGAUCCACUGGUGUUAUCCAUUUACUCUGCAUUCUACAAGGUAUUCGGAGCAAUGGGAGCUGCGAUUGUGUUCAGUUUGGACGUUCGCGGAAUCAGCUACCAGGCAAUGUUUGGAAGUUACUGGGGCUUACUGUCAGGAUCUAUGCUUCUGGUAUUGGUUUUGAUCUUUAAGCGUGUCCAAGACACACUUGUACCUCCCGAUGCUGAUGAAACAACUACUAUGGAGAUGAAAGUGGAGACUGCCUGA